AAGGCCAAGAAAUGGCUAAUGAGAGAUUUGAAGAAACUUGGUGUUUCCGAAUAAGGUAUGAGUUUUGCGAGAUGGAAAUUCAAUUUCGUGUGCUCUUUCAUCUACGUCAAUUCCAUGCAUGCAUGUAUGGAAGUUUGUGCAUUAUCACCAGCAGCAAGCCACCCACCCACCUUAUAUUUGCUCCCUGUCUCUUCUUCAACCUCCAUGAAUCAUCGCUGAUAAAAAAAUUAUCAGCAGAUUGCAAUGGCAGAAACUACAGAACUCCCGAUCGUAGACCUCUCUUUACCGGACCACUUCUCUAUUGCCAAUUCCAUCCGUCAGGCUUGUGCAGAAUAUGGAUUUUUUUACCUUAUCAAUCAUGGAAUAGAGAAAGAUUUCAUCGCUAAAGUUUUUGAAGAAAGCAACAAAUUUUUCUCGCUUCCUUUGAGUGAUAAAAUGAAAUUGUUACGCCAAAAUCACAGAGGCUACGCUCCAUUAUUCUCUCAGAAUCUCGAUUUUUCUUCUCGUAAUCCCAAAGGUGGUGCAAAUGAAAGUUUCUCUAUUGGUCCUUUAGAAAAGAGUGAACCUAAUCAGUGGCCAUCAGAAGAAGUUCUUCCAUCAUGGAAACCAACGAUGGAAACUUAUCACAGAAAACUUCUGUCCACAGGAAAAAGAGUACUGUCAUUGAUGGCUUUGGCUCUGAAGUUGGAUAAAGAUUAUUUUGAGGAAAUUGGAGCACCGGAAGGCACUCUUCGCCUCUUACAUUAUCCAGGUGAACUGGUGCAUUCUGAGGAAGAGAUUAUUGGUGCUUCGGCACAUUCAGAUUUCGGAAUGAUCACUCUUCUGAUGACCGAUGGUGUGCCAGGACUUCAGGUUUGUAGAGACAAAUUCAAAGAAACACGUACAUGGGAGAAUGUAUUACAUAUGGAUGGGGCCUUCAUAGUUAACACUGGAGACAUGAUGGAGAGAUGGAGUAAUUGUUCUUUUCGGUCUACAUUGCACAGAGUAAUUCCAGCAGGACAAGAACGAUACUCUAUGGCAUACUUUUUAAAUCCAAAACCAAACUGCAUUGUGAAAUGUUUGGAAAGCUGUUGCAGUGAAUCAUGUCCCCAAAGGUUUCCUCCAAUUCGAAGUGGGGACUAUAUAAAAGAGCGGUUGAGGCUUGCAUAUGGCUCAUAGAGUGAAGCUUGAGGAGCGAAACUGGUUGCUAAAAGAUCGAGUCAGGGUCCCAUUGAAAUAGCAAUUCCGAUUUUUUAUAUUUUUGAAA